CAAGUAAUAUAUUCAUUGCUGCAAAUUGCAGGAACAACUUUGAAUCUAUUUAUCCAGCAGGACAGACUAUCAGCAAGAGGAAUCCUUGACAGCCGACUAAACUUCUGGAGCAAGAAACUAGCGUUAGCAAGCUGUGAAAGAGACAGACAGCAUGAGCACUUCAGGCAAAGUCAUUAAAUGCAAAGCAGCUGUUGCCUGGGAGCCUAAGAAACCAUUUUCCAUUGAGGAGGUGGAAGUUGCCCCGCCAAAGGCACAAGAAGUUCGCAUUAAGAUUUUGGCAACAGGGAUCUGUCGCUCGGAUGACCAUGUUAUUAGUGGUGCAUUUGCUGUGCCUUUUCCCGUAAUUCUUGGCCAUGAAGCAGCUGGUGUUGUAGAGAGCGUUGGAGAAGGGGUGACUUAUGUGAAACCAGGAGACAAAGUCAUCCCGCUCUUUGUUCCACAGUGUGGAGAGUGUAGCUCUUGCAUAAGCUCCAAAGGCAAUCUGUGCACUAAAAAUGACCUUGGUGCAGCUUGUGGAUUAAUGAACGAUGGCACCACUAGGUUUACCUGCAAAGGAAAACAGAUUCAUCAAUUUGCUAGUACAAGCACCUUCACUGAAUAUACAGUGGUGCACGAGACAUCAGUUGCCAAAAUUGAUGCAGUUGCUCCUCCGGAAAAAGUGUGUCUGAUUGGCUGUGGAUUUUCCACUGGUUAUGGGGCUGCCCUCAAUAGUGCCAAGGUGGAACGUGGUUCUACCUGUGCCGUCUUCGGUCUGGGAGGAGUUGGCCUCUCCGUUGUCAUGGGCUGUAAAGCCGCUGGUGCUUCCCGGAUCAUUGGGGUUGACAUCAACAAGGGCAAAUUUGCCAAGGCUAAAGAGUUAGGAGCCACCGAAUGCAUCAACCCUCAGGACUUCACAAAGCCCAUUGAAGAUGUUCUGAUGGAGCUGACUGGUGGUAAUGGUGUGGACUAUUCCUUUGAAGUCAUUGGACGCACUGAUACCAUGACAGCUGCCCUGGCAUCCUGCCACCAGAACUACGGAACGAGUGUGAUUGUAGGAGUGCCUCCGACAGCAUCACAGAUCUCCUACAAUCCUAUGCUGCUCUUCACUGGCCGCACCUGGAAGGGGUCUGUUUUUGGAGGCUGGAAGAGCAAAGAUUCUGUCCCAAAACUAGUUGCAGACUAUAUGGGGAAAAAAUUCAACCUGGAUGCCUUAAUAACCCACACUUUGCCUUUCGAUAAAAUCAAUGAAGGAUUUGAACUACUGCGGGCAGGAAAGAGUAUCCGCACUGUCCUACUAAUAGCUGAGUAAUGGACGGAGUCCUACAAUCUUUCCAAGUUUAUUCAAAUAUGAAUGCCAACAACCACAUGAGCCCAGAGCUUUGGAAAUUAAUUAAAGCAGUUAAAUUAAAAUUUG